UGCGCCUGCGCAAAGAGGAGGCCGUGUCAGGAGCACUUGUCAGGGGUUGGAGCUGCUGCCGGAGGUUACACAACCCACCUCUCCGCAUAGGAUCCUUCUUACCGAACACUUAAAACAUCAACACUUCACUCGGAUAACCAACCAUGAAUCCCGAUAUUUUGAAAGAGCGGAAAAAUGCCACUUUUGACGUCGAGAAACUCACCUACAUUCUGGACGGAGGCCCAGAAAAGACAAAAAGGAGGCGAGAAAUUGAGUCAAUGGUUCUCAGCGACCCGGACUUCAAGGAGGAGAACCCGUGUUUCCUGUCCCGCAGUGAGCGUUAUGACCAGGCUGUCAGGAAAAGUGCCCAAAUGAUCCUGAAGCUCAGGGAGUACGGCAUCGCAGACCCCGAGGAGAUCUACUGCUAUAAGAACUGUGUGCACCCGGACAGGCCUGAGCCCCUGGAUCUCCAUCUGGGGAUGUUCCUGCCCACACUGCUCAACCAGGCCACCCCCGAGCAAAUGGACCGCUUCUUCAUGCCCGCCUGGAACCUCGAGAUCAUCGGCACCUACGCUCAGACCGAGAUGGGCCACGGCACUCACCUCAGGGGGCUGGAGACCACCGCCACCUAUGACCCCGCCACACAGGAUUUUGUCUUGAACAGUCCCACAAUCAGCUCCAUCAAAUGGUGGCCCGGAGGACUUGGAAAGACGUCAAACCACGCCAUCGUUCUGGCUCAGCUGUACACUCAGGGAAACUGUCACGGUCUGCACGCUUUCAUCACGCCGCUCCGUGAUAUGAAGACACACGAGCCGCUGCCAGGUGUUGUCAUUGGCGACAUCGGCCCAAAGUUUGGCUUUAACGAGGUUGACAACGGCUAUCUGAAACUGGAGAACAUCAGAAUCCCUCGAGAGAACAUGCUGAUGAAAUACGCCAAGGUGGAGCCAGAUGGAACCUAUGUGAAGCCACCGAGUGCCAAGCUCACCUACGGCACCAUGGUGUUCAUCCGCUCCAUGAUCGUGGGCGAGUCGGCUCGAGCCCUCUCCAAGGCUUGUACCAUCGCCAUCCGCUACAGCUCGGUCCGUCACCAGUCUGAGAUCAGACCGGGGGAGCCGGAGCCUCAGAUCCUGGACUACCAGACGCAGCAGUACAAGCUGUUUCCCCUGCUGGCGAUGGCCUAUGCUUUCCACUUCGUCGGUCAGUAUAUGAAGGAGACCUACCUCCGCAUCAGUGGAGACAUCAACGAGGGCGACUUCAGCAAACUGCCCGAGCUCCAUGCUUUGUCUGCAGGUCUGAAGGCCUUCACUACUUGGGAAACCAACUCCGGCAUCGAGGUGUGCCGCAUGUCGUGCGGCGGCCACGGCUACUCCUGCAGCAGCGCCCUGCCCGACAUUUAUGUCCAGUUCACGCCCACGUGCACCUACGAGGGCGAGAACACCGUCAUGAUGCUGCAGACCGCCAGAUACCUGGUGAAGAGCUACCGGCAGGCUAAAGCGGGCCAGCAGCUGAGCGGCAUCGUGUCCUACCUCAACGAAGCGCAGCACCAGAGGGUCCAGCCGCAGCCCGUCGCCGCCCGACCCACCGUGGUCGACAUAAACGACCUGGCCAGCCUGGUGGAGGUGUACAAACUACGAGCUGCCAUUCUGGUUGAACUGGCCGCUAAGAGCAUCCAGCAGGAGCUGCAGCGCAGGAAGAGCCAGGAGGACGCCUGGAACAACAGCGCCAUCGACCUGGUCAGAGCCUCAGAUGCUCACUGUCACUACGUGGUGGUGAAGCUCUUCACUGACAAGCUGCGGGACAUCGGGGACACAGGCGUCCACUCGGUGCUGUCCAGCCUGGCUCUGCUCUACGCCCUGCAGGGUGUCACAAGGAACUCUGGAGACUUCCUGCAGGCUGGCCUGCUCAGCGUGCCCCAGGUGCUGCAGUCUUCAGUCCGCAUCAAGGAGCUGCUGUCUCAGCUGAGGCUGAACGCCGUGGCUCUGGUGGACGCCUUUGACCACAACGACAAGAAGCUGAACUCGGUGCUGGGACGAUACGACGGGAACGUCUACGAGAACUUGUUCGAGUGGGCUCGCAACUCACCUCUGAACGCCACAGAGGUCCAUGAAUCCUUCCACAAGUACCUGAAGCCUCUGCGCGCCAAACUGUGAGCCGACUCCUGCACCUUGUUCCCCUGGCUGUGACCCUCCAGCUCCGCCCUCCUUAACCGUCUCUUAUCAUCCUCAUGACGGUCGUCACUCACCAGCAUACUCUCUCUAUAAGUGGUCCAAUCUAACAUUCACUGAAGUACCCUGUGUACUGAAAGCUUGAUUCUUAUUGGUGAUCGGGGAUGAUGGGAGGGGGAAGAGGAGCUAAAUCAAUGGGAGGUCUGUGUCAUUAUGGAGGGAAUUGGACUCACAUUUACAUCUAAAAGUCUCGAUGAAGUCGUUAUUCCAGCACAACAAAGCUUUAAGAGUUCUUAAAGUGGCACGUUUCCUUUGGAUGAAUCAAUUUAGAAGUUAAUUUCCCCUUCGUCUUUCCUUCAUGGCUCCCCUGUGUGAGUCACUUAAAACGAGCCUUUUCUGUUUUCCUCCCAAGUUCAGAACCUAACUAUGAACGUUUGACAACAGCUGUUUACACACAUGCACUCCUGAAAAUCUCUAGAAAACCUCAGGACAGUUUCCCCCUGAAAUCUUCCUCAGUUGCUUAAUCACGGCAGGAAGUGUUUCCUAUCGGGCGCCAGACAUGAUGUAAAAAACACGCUGAAAAAAUCCAAAAGAUCCAAGGUGGACAGAGUCCGACACUAUGAUGACAGUUUAGUCUUUAUAUCAAUGCUACAUGGAUGUAUUUACUGGGGGGCUCGCAGUAAAAAAUCCAGAAAACGUCUGAGGGGGAAGUUAGGGGGUUUGCUCUCACACUUGCAGCUGAUCCCGAAAAGUUCAGGAAGUUUUCUGGAUGUUUGUGCAUGUGUGAAAACACCAAAGGGUUAAAAUACAACAAAUAAAAAAAACAUGCAUUCUUCAGAACAGAGAGAAUUCUUUACUACUCAGGCCUUAACAGUCAUUGUCUUACAUUUGAUCUGACUCUUCCUCUCAGCCUUAAGUUGAUGCGUAACCCAAACUGCAUGAUUUACUCUCAUCCUCCUGGAGGUCAGAGAGCGUUUAUGUUUUUGUUUUUUAAAGAGGGAGGAACAUCCACAAAGGUCUCCAUUUAAAAAAAAUAAAUAAAUCUUGCUGAAAUAUUUCAGUCGUUAUCCAAUCAAAAAGCUAAAACAAUCCGCUUUCAUUCCAAGCCCAACACCUGUCACUUCUUCUUCUCUUUAAUGAAUGUGAUAAUCCACUACACAAGAAGCAGCACUUGUUUUUAAAAUCUACAUGUUGUCUCCUGAUUAGAGACGAGUCUGUGCAUCCGCAUGUUAGUGAAAGUGUUUGUGGGCCUGAAGGCUUUUACAGAGGAUGUUGAAGUUUGUUAAAGAGAUGUGUGCACUGUGCAUGUGAGUUAGUAUUCUCCCUCCCUGUUGUGUGAGGCGGAUACAUGACGUCCAAACCUCAAUCGACUUUCUCCUAUUUUUUUUUUACUUCUAAUCAAACACAUUUCAAACUCUGAAGCUACGAUGAACCGUUCUUAGUGCGCUCUAAUGUUCAAAAUCCAGCUGACUGAUUAUCGUGCGCUAACUGGAUCAUGUUUUUCUACAUGAUCUGUCCUGUUUUUAUAACAAAUAAAAUUAGUAUGAAUUAACUUAGCUGUCAAAUGUAUCAUAGAGUUGUUCUAUUUUUCUGACAGAGCCUGAACAGUUGAUGAUGAUGAUGUUUAUAAGUGGUAACAGAUGGACUCGUUUAGAUGACUGUGUAAUGAGAGAGAGUUUUGAUUCAGAGCCUCUCUGUGAACUGUAAACCUGAUCAUAUGAUAAAUAAUAAAAAUGUGCCUAAAGAAGCUGAUUGUGAAUAUCUGCUCAUAACGUGUCUGUAUGACUUUCAAAACGGUUGAUUUCUGUCAUAAAGGGUACAAUUAUGGAUAUAUAAUAACUUAGCUGUUUUUAUAAACACACUCGUGGAAUAUUUAAUUUGAUAUGUUUUGUUGAAUAAUGUUGAUUUUUAACAUGAUUUAAAUGUUUGUGAAAUAAUUUGACCUGUAAAUUAAAUGAAUAUAAAAAAAAUCAUCAA